GCGCAUACUGUGGCAGUCACGUGACGGAAACGUGCACGCAGGAUUAUCGCCCGGGUAGAAAACGCGAGGAAAAAUGACCGACAAGAAAGACGGCGAAACCUUUGAUGUUUUGGAAUUGGCAGAGCAUGUCAAGAAACAAAGGUGGUGGAACAAAAUGUUUGGCAAAAAUAACUCUGGACCUGUGGCUGAGAAGUACUCUGUUGCAACACAGCUGGCCAUUGGAGGAGUGACUGGCUGGUGUGCAGGGUACUUGUUUCAGAGAGUCGGGAAGGUUGCUGCAUCAGCUGUUGGUGGAGGAUUCUUUCUGCUCCAGAUCGCUCAUCACACGGGCUACAUUACAAUAGACUGGAAAAGAGUGGAGCACGAUGUGAACCAAGCCAAGAAACAACUGAAGCUAAAUACAGAAAAGCCAACCAAAGAAGUGAGAUCAAAAUUCAAUGAGGUGCAGGUGUUUGUCAAGAAAAACAUUGUUCUCACAGGAGGCUUUGCUGGUGGAUUUCUGCUGGGUCUGGCCUCAUAGAUGCGCUCUCUCUCUCUCAUACUACCUUUAUGUCUUAUGAAUGAAGAAUAUCUAUCGAUUACAUAUAUAGCAGAUUACAGCUUUGGAAGUGUGUUAUUGAAGCUUGUAUUACACUUUGCACUCCUUUUUUGUCUGGGCUCUAAUUAAUAGGUUUAGGCAUAUUAUAAUGUAUUCAUCAGGUGUAUUUAAGCAUGCUAGUAUGUAUUUUCAUUACUUUUUUGGACAAGCAUCGUUUUUAUCAUUUGUACCUGUUGCCCUGUUACACUUUUGUUAUGCUCAUAUUUGAACAGUUUGCUAUAUAUUUUUGGUACAAAACAUUUUUGAAACGAAUUUUGUUUAAACAAGUAAAUUGAGUGAAAUUACACCCUUAAAUCCAUAUAUAAACUUAAAAAUACUUAAAAAGUGUAUUAUAGAGCAAAGUGCAUUUAAAUGUUCAAACUCAAGUGAACAUUUUUGUGCACUCUUUAAGUACGUUGUUGUAAUAAAUUGAGACAUGAUUUUAAAAACAAAGGGUGAAUAAAAGGUCAUUUUCUUUUGUUAAAAAUGAUGUAUUAUGUGUUUCCUUUGGCUUUCUACACAGAUCCCUGGUGUAUAUCAUCUUAAAGAGAACCUGUAAACUGUUUUCUCAUUGGUGAUUGAUGUCACUUCAUAAAAUGAGGUUUGGUCAUAAGAUGAAGUAACAAGUAAAUUUACAAAGGCAAAAAAUUAUGUUGUACAGUAUGUAUCAAUGAACAACAUUCGCUCUAAAAUGCAUUACUGGGUAUAAUAAAAUGAUUACA